AAUCUCCUCAACCAAACCCACUAAAAUAUCUACAUUACCGAAAAUGUUCACUAAAUCUAUCCUUUUGGCUUCUCUUCUUAUCAUCAUCUUCGUCUCUGCAACUGAAUCAGCUCGUCAAAAGAGCGGGAACGAUGGUUUAGGAUUCGGUGGAAUACCCGGAUCCGGAUAUAUACCCGGGUUUGGAAACGGGUUUCCGGGGACUGGAGUUGGUGGAGGAUACGGCGGAGGGUUUGGUGGUCCUAGCGGCGGAUUUGGGAAAGGAGGUGUGGUGAGACCAACUGUGACUUGCAAAGAGAAAGGACCUUGUUACGGCAAGAAGCUGAGGUGUCCUGCUAAGUGUUUCAAAUCUUUCAGCCGCUCCGGGAAAGGAUACGGCGGUGGUGGUGGCGGUGGAGGAUGUACUAUGGAUUGUAAGAAGAAAUGUAUCGCUUAUUGUUAAGAUAUAAUAAAAGAUCACAUCUUUAUAAUAUAUAGUCAUUAUGAUAUGAUUAUAUACUUGCUAUGGAAUGUUAUAGCGCUAUAGAUUAUGAUCAUGAGGAUCCUUUUGUCUUGAUUCGAUUUGUAGUGGUUUUUAUAUGCAUAAUAUAUGGUUGUGAUGAAUAAAUGAGGAAACUUUAC